GCAAAGAUCCUGGAGCAGAGGGGAUGAGGGGAUACCCAGUGGGCAGAGGGUGCUGCCAGGAGGGCCGCCUCCCAGGGAUCAAGGUGAAGUACCUGCUGGUGGUGUGGCUGGGCAUCUUCGUGGGCAGCUGGGUGGCCUACAUGCACUACUCGUCCUACUCGGAGCUGUGCCGCGGCCACGUCUGCCGGAUGAUCAUCUGUGACCAGUACAAGAAAGGGAUCAUUUCUGGCUCCACGUGCAAGGACCUGUGUGAGGAGCGCAGCCUCCUGUUCCAGCACUGCCUCUCCUCCUCCCCCAGCCAGCAGGUUUACAGAGGGCUCUGGAGGGACAGGGAGGUGAUCAUCAAAUGUGGCAUCGGGGAAGCGCUGAGGGCCGACAGCCGCCCGGACUCUGUGCCCAGGAGGGAUGUGGUGCUCUUUGACAAACCCACACGGGGAACCUCCAUGGAUGAGUUCAAGGAAAUGCUCCUCAACUUCCUGAAGUCCAAGCUGGGGGAUCAGCCAUCUCUUCCAGCCCUGGUGAGCCGGACCAUCACCAUGGCAGACGUGAACCAUGAUGGGAAGGUGUCCCUGGCAGAGGCCAAAUCCAUCUGGGCGCUGCUUCAGCUCAACGAGUUCCUGCUCAUGUUCUCCUUGCAUGAGAAGGAGCACACGGCCAAGCUGCUGGGGCACUGUGGGGACCUUUAUGUCACCGAGAAGAUCCCCCACACCUCCCUCUACGGGGUGGAUGUCCCCCCUUUCCUGCAGUCCCUGCUGCCUUCCAUCGGCCACCAGCUCAUCCACCAGUGGUUUGCUCCGGCCUGGCCCCGGCGCGCCAAGAUCGCCAUCGGCCUCCUGGAGUUCGUGGAGGAAAUCUUCCACGGGACCUACGGCAGCUUCUACAUCUGCGAGAGCAGCCUCAGGAACGUGGGCUACAACGACAAGUACGACUUCAAAAUGGUCAACCUGCGCAAGGUGGCGACGGAGAUGACAAUCAGAGGCUUCCUGAAGGGCCGGCACUGUGAGCAGAACGGGGACUGCACCUACGGCAGGGACUGCACGGCCACCUGUGACAAGCUGCUGAAGCAGUGCAAGAGCGACAUGGUGCAGCCCAACCUGGCCAAGGUGUGUGGGCUGCUGCAGGACUAUCUGCUCUAUGGAGCUCCCCUGGAGCUGAAGGAAGAGCUGCAGAAGCAGCUCCGAACUUGCAUGACUCUCAGUGGCCUGGCCAGCCAGAUGGAAGUGCACCACUCCCUCGUGCUCAACAACCUCAAGACCUUGCUCUGGAAGAAGAUUUCCAACACCAAAUAUUCCUAACGGGGGAAGCACGGCCCUGGAGAUUGCAAUCAGUGAGCUUGGAGUGAGGUCCAAGGGCUGAAGGCCCGUUUCUCCAUCCUCUCGCCCCCAGGAACAACACAGCCUGCACAGG